AGAAGAUAUAUGAAACGCGCAGCUUCAGGGAGCAUGGGAAACCGUAUAAUUUCCUUCGUUCGGGAGAGAACAGAGAAGGGUUUUCAAUCAAUUUUUAGGAAGUGAAUCAGUAAUUCAGUAGUCAGAUUACAGAGAUAAAAGAGAGAAAGAGAUGGGUAGGUGCGUAAUAGUAAUGAGCUUGAUGAUGCUGAUGAUGAGUAGUCGAUUUACGGAGGGAAUAUGGCUGAAUCUACCAAGUACAGGUACUAAGUGCGUUUCUGAGGAGAUCCUGAAUAAUGUUGUUGUCGUUGCUGAUUAUGUUAUUAUCGAUGAACAAGGUCACGCGUCUCCCACUGUUUCGGCUAAGGUGACAUCUCCUUACGGCAACAAUCUAUACCACAAAGAAAAUGUGACCCAUGGUCAGUUUGCUUUUACAACUACUGAGAUUGGUAAUUAUGUUGCCUGCUUCUGGGUUGAUGGUAACCAUCAACCUGCAACUCUCAAUCUUGACUGGAAAAUCGGGAUUGCUGCCAAAGAUUGGGAUUCUGUUGCUAAACAAGAGCAUAUCGAGGGUGUUGAACUCGAGUUUCGGAAACUUGAAUCUGCAGUCGAAUCUAUUCAUCAGAAUUUACUCUAUUUGAAGAACAGGGAGGCGGAAAUGAGGGAAGUGAGUGAAAAAACCAAUGCCAGAGUUGCCUGGUUAAGUAUUAUGUCCCUCAGCGUGGGUAUUGUGGCUUCACUUAUCCAGGUGUGGCAUCUGAAGCGCUACUUUCAGAAGAAGAAACUUAUAUAGUUAUUAUUACCGAGUCUGAUAAAAUCAAGUUCUGGGGAAGGUUCUUCAUUCUUCAAAGGAGAACUAGAGUUGAUAGAUUUUUGAGUUUUGCCCCAGCAGAAAUUUAUUUAGCAUAGAAUCCUCCCACAGACGGGGAUUAUGUGUUAUGUCGAGCUAGUUCUUAUGUGUAUCACCUUCCUUCCUACAUCUAAUUGGAAAAACCUAUUUUAGUAUGUGCUUCCACUGCCGUGAUUCAAUUCUCAGUUCUUGUAAAGAAACUAUCAAUUGAUCUUUGCUGCUAUUACAAAAUAAUCAGAAGGAUUAAAUGGUUUCUCUAAGGCACAUAAA